UUGUGACGUUGCCACGAUUGUUUAUGUUCGUUUUGUUCGAUAAAAAAAAGAAAAAAGAAAAAAAAAACCUCUCCUCUUUGCUCGUCCUUCCGUAUCCCACAAUGCAUUGCGUUCACUCGUUGGAUCAUGGAUCCAAGCGACAAUGAUCUUCAAGGAAGCGAUGGCUCGGGGAGUUUGGGAGGCCCAGACGUGCGCAGACGGAUCCCCAUCAAGCUCAUUUCCAAGCAGCCGUUAAGGAGCAAGCCUCAGCCGCGUGUGCAGAGACCUGCCGUCAGACCGUGUAAAGGUGAUCCUGGAGAUGAUGAUAACUUCGGCUUCAAGCAGGAGGAGCGUUUCGACUGCGGCGCUAAAUCCGGCGACGUGUUCGCAGGGCAGAGGCGGUUCCCCCAGGUGCUGUUCUGGGACUAUAAAUUAAAUCUGAUCGGGGAGCGAGACGAGGUUCCCAUUCACUUCUGUGACAAAUGCGGCCUCCCCAUUCAGCUGUACGGGCGCAUGAUCCCCUGCAAACACGUCUUCUGCUACGACUGCGCUCUGCUUCACGAGAAGAAAGGCGAGAAGAUGUGUCCAGGCCUGACGCUGUAUAACUGCACCGACCCGGUGCAGCGCAUCGAGCAGUGCCAGCGCGGCUCCCUCUACAUGUGCAGCGUGGUGCCCGGGUGCAAGCGCACCUACCUGUCCCAGCGUGACCUCCAGGCCCACGUCAACCACCGGCACAUGCGCGCCGCCAAGUCGUCGGCCAGCCGCCAGGAGCCGGUUCACAUGCCGCCGGCGUCCGACCUGUCGGAGCGCUACCGCGUGCCUCCGCCGCACCUGCCCAAGAACCACGUCCACAUUCCCAACCCGCUGCAGCACGGCCACGACCCCUACAGCCAGCCGCCGCCGCCCACCCCCCACGACGGCCCGCCGCCCUCCUCCGCCCUGGGCCCCGAGACGUUCCGCAUCGCCACGGUGACGACCCGCACGCACAGCAACCUGAUCACCGUGCCCAUCCAGGACGACUCCUCGUCUUCCCGGGACCCGCACCCCGGCGGGCCCGGCCCCGGCCAGCCGCCGCCGCACCACCACCCGGGGGACUAUCCCGGCCAGCCCCCCGUAGUGUCGCACUCUCACCACAUGAUGGCGCCGCCGCCGCAGCAGCACUUCGGCCCGCCGCCGCCGCCUCCCCCGCCGCUCUCCCACCCCAUGCAGCAUCCCCCGCAGGGCUCCGGGACGCCACACAUGGUGUACAACCCGGCCGCGCCUCCCCCCAUGUCCACGGCCCCGCCGCCCAUCACCCCCCCGCCGGGGCACAUCCUGGGCCAGCUGCCCCCCUACAUGAACCACCCUCACGCGGGACCCCCGCCGCAGCACAGCGGCCCGCCCGUCAACGCCCCCCCGCCCCACCACUAUAACCCCAACUCCAUGCAGCAGUUCCCCGAGGACCAGGGCACCCUGAGCCCCCCGUUCAGCCAGCCGGGAGGGCUCAGUCCCGGCAUGUGGCCCGCACCGAGAGGGCCCCCGCCCCCUCGGAUGCAGGGCCCCCCCCCACAGGGCCAGAUGCCCGGGCCGCACCACCCCGAUCAGGGCCGCUAUCGGCCGUAUUAUCAGUAAACUGCCACGCCGGCGAGCGGGAAGCUUCCUGUUCGCUCCUUGUCUGAAUAAUGUGAUCGUAGACCUCAGGGUUCCAGGAUGUAGGAUGACUUUGAUUUGGAGAAAAAACUGCCCCCCAAGCAAAUGUGUAUGUGGUGCACACUGUAGUUCACUGUGCUCGGCGUCCCAUUGAAUUGUUGAAUGACCUGAAGUAAAGCAGGAAUGUCCAACAUUUUUUUCUAAUAGCUAUCAAUAAACAUCUUUGUAUAUAUGUCAGCCAGUGUCUCACACAUUCACUGUACAUCCAGAACACCUUUCCUCUUUCUGUCUCAAUAAAUUUUUAACAACAGG